GAGAUUUUGCUAUUGUGAAUCACUUGUCGAAUGAAAUGUUAUCAUCAUGUCUCGAUAAAUAUUUAGUCAGAUUUUACGUUUAUUUUCUAUUUCCAAUGACGUGUCGCCUCCGGUUAUAUUCACUUAAUUCACAGACGCUGAGGGGAGGGAGGAGGGAGACACUGUAACCUACCUACCUACGGUCUCUGGAUUCACUGGUUCUGAUGAUCAGGAGUAUUCGCAGGACUGCUAGAUGUUGAGCUCUCUGUUUUCUGUAUGAGGGACACAACCACACAGAUGGAGUCGAGGGUUCCCCACCACAUCCCUGGAGUGUCUUCCUCCAUUAUAUCCCAGCCGUUGCGUAUGGUUCCGUAUGGAAGGCUACAGCACCCGCUCACCAUCUUCCCAAUCGACCAGAUGAAGUCCUCUCAUGUGGAAAAUGACUAUAUUGACAGUCCCGCUGUGGUCUCCCAGCAACCCCUCAACCAGAAGGCUGUCAACAGGGGGCCCCACGAGGCACUGCUAGGGGCCCCCCACCUCCCCCAACUGGCGCGCUGCAACCCUCACAACGCCACCACACACCCCUGGAUAACCUUCAGCGGGCGGCCCAGCUCCAUCAGCAGCAGCAGCAGCACCUCGUCAGAGCAGAGGUUGCUGGACCACGCAGCCCCCACCCCCGUGGUGGACCACAACUCCACAGUAGUCACCACCAGGACCCCCUGCUGUGGGCCCAAGGCGCUCACCUCAAAGCCCCUGGAUCUAAAAACUGCUGCCCUGGGGGCUGCAACGGUUGACAAGAAGCACAUGCUGCUGUGUGAGAUUUGUGGGAAGUGCCGCUGCACGGAGUGCACCCUGCCCCGGACCCUGCCCUCGUGCUGGGUGUGUAACCAGGAGUGCCUGUGCUCAGUGCAGAGCCUGGUGGACUCAGCCACAUGCAUGUGCCUGGUCAAGGCCAUUUUCUACCACUGCACAGAGGACGAGGAUGAUGAGGGAUCUUGCGCCGACCGCCCGUGCUCCUGCCACCAGUCUAACUGCUGUGCGCGCUGGUCCUUCAUGGCAGCCAUGUCCCUGGUGCUGCCCUGUUUGGUGUGCUACCUGCCCACCAUGGGCUGUGUCAAACUGUCGCAGAAGUGCUAUGACAAAACCAGCCGUCCGGGCUGCCGCUGCAAGAACUUCCAGCAGGCCUGCAAGAGCAUGGAGGCCAAGGCUGCAGGCCAGGAGAAACAGGCCUCAUGAAAGUCAUUGGUUGUUGCCUUAUCAAUACCCUCUGGAUAGGACAAUCCCACCAACCCCUACCCACUGGAUGACUUCCAGAAAACCAUGGUACUUACAAAAGGGUUUACACUUGUCCUUCUUGGUUCGAGUGAUGUUAUUCCACACAAGUCAGAAUAGGUCUGUCUGCUCAAUUGGUUGUCCUAGACAACUGCUUGCCUCAGAACCCAUCUUUAUAAGUAUAACAGACUGGCAGAUUUUGUUUCUAAAAUGGCUGAAGGCACAAUUCAUUAUCCUUCUAUACUGCUCUGAAUUUCCAUCUUCAUCAUAGCUAGCUACUCUAUGACACAUUGGACCCCAGUUGUUGUUCUCCAAAAAAACACACAAAAAAGAAGCCUGCUCCAAAGCAGUUUCCCUCUGUUUAUGCAAACUGUUGAUUUACUUUUGGGUAGUAAAGGAUACUUCAACUGAAACAGCCACUCACUCUUCCCCAUAUAUGAAACGUUUCAGUCCCAUACAAGCCUUCCUGUUGCUAGCUUGAUGUUGAGCUCGUUAUGUCAAGGUGGAAAAGUGAGAGGUAAAGUCGUGUGUCUUUGCCCGUCUGAUAUGUAAGGUCAUACCACAACUGAGAGAAAAAUAGUGUUUAGGAUUGCCUGACUUGAUCACUUUCCAUUUCUUUGAGGGGAUUUUUUAAACCUAGCUUUUACCAAUCACUUCAGAAUAAUUGCACGUCAUGCCCUGCAUGAUGUGACGUAGUGGUUAACCCCAGUGCUCGACGUGGAUGUGUUGUAGAAAAACCUCCUCAGGGAUCGUUCCUCAUCAGUAGAAUUUGGUCUAGCACGUAAAAACUGCCAUUAGCCUAGUUGACUUCACUUUGCACAAUAGGCAAAGAACAGUUUCAAAAGGGCAAAAGGGCAAUUGUGAAUUAUUUAGGAAGAGUAAGUUAAGAGAGGAAAUGGAGGGAAAAUACAGUCUUAGAAAAAAAGGUGCUAUCCAGAACCUAAAAGUUUUUUGGGGCUGUCCCCAAAGGAGAACCCUUUGAAGAACCCUUUUUGGUUCAAGGUAGAAACAUUUUGGGUUCCAUGUAGGACCCUUUCCACAGUGGGUUCUACAUGGAACCAAAGGGUUUUACGUGGAACCAAAAGGGUUCUCCCUGGGACCAAAAAUAGUUAUCUUAUGGGGAUAGCUGAAAAACCUUUUUGAAAAUGUUCUGGAGUGUAGCGUUUUCAGAAAGAGGUCAAGUGAAGCUGUAGCAUAUCUAGCCAGCCUUAGUUAAAUCAAACCUGCCACUUGAACAACCUUUUUAGAUGACGCAAACCCCUUAUGAUGUACUGAAGCACAGUAUUAAGUAUCAAUGCUUAAUGUAUUUUACAUUACUCUGGGAACUACUUUGAGUCCACAUUGUAUCAAAUCAAAUUUUAUUGGUCGCAUACACAUAUCUAGCAGAUGUUAUUGCGGGUUUAGCAAAAUGCUUGUGUUCCUAACUCCAACAGUGCAGCAAUAUCUAACAAUACACACAAAUCUAAAAGUAAAAUAAUGGAAUUAAGAAAUUCUCAUAAUUUUUUGCUGCAGUGUUGAGUUUUUCGUCUGUUAGAAAUAUUAUUUAUCUUUAUUUUCUCAAUCUAUUUUUGCAGCUUGCAUGGAGUACCAAUGACUUUGCCAAAGGAGUUUAGUAUAGCUUGUUAAGCUGUCUUAGGGAUCAUAUUUGUUAUGCACUCGCCAAAUUGUCAGAGGGCAAUUGCUCUUAAAGGUGCUGUGUCCUUUUUUUAUGCUUCAGUUUGGCAUAAAGGGAUACCAUCGUUGCAUAAAUCUACACGUUUCUGUCACGUCGGUUCUGAGGUCCCCCACUAACAUUAGGGCCUGCCUCUUUUACAUUUUUGUACUUGUCUUGUUGCACAAAGCAGAAAACAUACAGGAAAAAAACACUGUUCUUAGUCUUGAAUGUAUAAGGCAAUAUUAUUUUCAAAUGUUUGCAAUUCAAUCCAAGGGAAGGUGCCAAAAUGGGGAAAUAUGUUCUGACUGACAAAGCCAGGGAAUAUUUGUUGAUGUGGUGACAAUAUGUUAUAGAAAUAGACCUAUUUUAUAGAAAUAGACCUAUGUUAUAGAAAUAGACCUAUUUUAUAGAAAUAGACCUAUUUUAUAGAAAUAGACCUAUGUUAUAGAAAUAGACCUAUUUUAUAGAAAUAGACCUAUGCAGGUGAUAUGUUGUUGUAAAUAGUUUUAAAUGUCCUUGAAAAACUGCAUGGUACAUUAUAACUACAAUACAAAACAUAUAUAUAGAUAUAUAUUUUGAGGGUAAAGAUUUGAGGUUGAGGGGAAGGGGGAGGGGGGAAGACAGGUCUUACUAUCAUAAGCACUUGAUUUAGAAAAGUGUGCCCCGCAGUAAAAAUACCUCUGUUUAUGCUAUUCAUGCCUCUUUAGCGGAUAGAGGCGAAGCUAAUUCCCAGUUCUUCAGUACCCCUGCAACUGUGGAAUCAUUGAAUCCACUGAAGGAAUACAAUUUUGGCCUAUCCGGAUCAACCCAUUUCCCCCUGUUUGUACUUACAGUGUCGCAACUUUUUUUCCCUUCCCAAUUUGGCCGACAAAUACCCUGGCCUUGAUUGACCAAUACCCUGGCCUUGAUUGACAAAUACCCUGGCCUUGAUUGACAAAUACCCUGGCCUUGAUUGACCAAUACCCUGGCCUUAAUUGACCAAUACCCUGGCCUUUAUUGACAAAUACCCUGGCCUUGAUUGACAAAUACCCUGGCCUUAAUUGACAAAUACCCUGGCCUUGAUUGACAAAUACCCUGGCCUUAAUUGACAAAUACCCUGGCGUUGAUUGACAAAUACCCUGGCCUUAAUUGACAAAUACCCUGGCCUUGAUUGACAAAUACCCUGGCCUUGAUUAACAAAUACCCUGGCCUUGAUUAACAAAUACCCUGGCCUUGAUUAACAAAUACCCUGGCCUUGAUUGACAAAUACCCUGGCCUUGAUUGACAAAUACCCUGGCCUUGAUUAACAAAUACCCUGGCCUUGAUUAACAAAUACCCUGGCCUUGAUUAACAAAUACCCUGGCCUUGAUUAACAAAUACCCUGGCCUUGAUUUACAAAUACAGCUGCUGUCCAUAAACGUGUCAAAAGCACCAUGAGGAAAAGAGAACUGUAAAGCUAUGUUCCAUUCCAUCUUGUUUAAUAGUGGAUCUCUUUUGCUUCUCUGCCUUUUUUCUUCUCUGUCUCUCUCACACUGUGGCUUGGGUAAAAUCCUUAGCCCCAAACUACAUCAGCGUCAUGUGUUUGGUGGCCUGUUAAGGUAUUGAAUAAUCACCAACCAUGACAACUCAAUAAUGAAGCCUUUUAUUUUGUUAGAAUGCUGUGACUUAAACUCCAUUUUGUGGUACACUUGUGGCCACUAGAAUUAUCUUCAACUCAAUCAAAAUAACCUUCAAAACUGCUGGCUCCUGCUAUUCAAUGUCUUUGCCUUUGCAAUGUCAAUGUUGCGGAAAAAUGAGCUCUGUGCUUUUGUUUUGUUUAACUAUAACAAAAUGAACAAAUCUCCCAUAUAAAAGUUUCCCUUUAUAGAUAUAUUUAUUUUGAAGUUCUAUUUUAUAUAGUAUUUAUUUAGAUGCCAACCUGUGUUUGUGAAGAAAGCUCAUGUCGAAAUGGAAUGUACAUUGACAUUGGAAAUAUAUAUUGUUAAA